AUGUCUGAAGUCACUCUACAACCAUCUUCUGACAACGUAAUAUUCGCUUCCACAAAGCAUAUUCUUCCGCGAAACUGGGAAUUUUUGACUUGCGAUGAUCCUUGCAUUCCACUACCAUUUGGUGUCUGCGUAGGUAAAACUCUUUCGUCACCCGGUCAUCAAGGAUUUAUCGUCUUGCGCAUUUUCAAUUCAUCUCCUUCGUCUGUUACUCUACACAAAAACAAGUUAAUUUCUAAUUCCGAAUUUGUUGGCUCUCAGAUGUACUGGCCGCCAGUGUUUUCGGUGGAUCAAAAUGCGCAAAAUCACGUUAUUCCGAGUUAUAAAGAAGCUGCACAUUACAUUCCCGCUGAAGUAUCUCUCAAAUUUUGCCAUCUUUUCCCCCGAACAAAAUUACGCAUCCUCCCACUAAACGCAUCAAAGUUAAUUAUUCAAUUCUCAGCAACAACCAACACAUUCAUUCCUGAAUAUAUACUAAAACAUUCUGGAGCUUUUGUUGGUAAUGACGGUAGGUACACAGGCUCUAUCACUCACCAAAUUAAUUUUGUGCCGCAUGCAAAAUUCCCGCAACAAAAAUUCUACCGUGCUCCCUUGGAAAAACGACGCGAAAUUGAAAGACUGAUUGAAGAAAUGCUUAGAACUAGGUUGUUAGAGCCGAGUAAUAGCAAGUUCGCCUCACCCAUUGUUCUAAUUAAAAAGAGUUCGGGCAAAGAUUAG